AUUUAUUUCUUCUAUUUUUUAACCGUAUUCCUCUUGUUAAAAAAAAUGACUAAACUUUAUUGGCUGUGGUUGAGUAUUCCAACCAUAUAAAAGGGGGGUACUGCGUUCUAUUUUGGUGGAGAUCAAACACUUUAUAUUUAUAGCAAUUAUUCUCCCUUUUCUCUCAUCACUCGAUUCAAAUUCUCUUUCAUAUAAGAAGUGAGAGAGAGAGAAAGAGAGAGAGAGAGAGAGAGAAAUAUGGGAAGAGCUCCAUGUUGUUCCAAGGUUGGGUUGCAUAGAGGUCCAUGGACCCCUAGAGAAGACAUACUUCUCACUAACUACAUUCAAGUCCAUGGUGAAGGCCAUUGGAGAUCUUUGCCUAAAAAAGCUGGCCUUCUAAGGUGUGGAAAGAGUUGUAGGCUAAGAUGGAUGAACUAUCUGAGACCCGAUAUCAAGAGAGGGAACAUCACUCCCGAUGAGGAUGACCUUAUCAUUAGGCUGCAUUCUCUUCUGGGCAACCGUUGGUCUCUCAUAGCGGGUCGGCUUCCGGGUCGAACCGAUAACGAGAUCAAGAACUAUUGGAAUACCCACCUGAGUAAACGACUCGUAACCCAAGGAACCGACCCCAAUACCCACACAAAAUUGUUGAGCCCUGGUGCCCUAGCAACUACCACUCGGAGGAGGUCCAAGAAGACCGGUACUACUACUGCAAACGCAAAGAAGAAGAAUAAGAACAAGAAGAAGACGAAGAUGAUGGCGAAGACCAACGAUAAUACUCAAGAUGAUGAUAAUGACAGGGAGUUCGAGCAGCCCAAAGUCCAUCUCCCAAAGCCAGUUAGGGUUUCUUCUUUUUCCUUGGUUAGGAACUACAGUUUCGAAGGGAGCAGUAGUAUUAACAUGAAUCACAAUAAUGUUACUACUGCAUGUGAGUCUGCUUCGAGCCAGGAAAAAGUAUCAGGGUUAUUAGAUCAUCAUCAUCAUAAUCAUCAUGAAGUUGACAAUGAUGAUGUUCCUUGGUUGAGUUUCAUGGCUAGUGAUCUUGCUAAUGAUAUUGAUGGUGACCUUGUUAAUGGUAGUAAUGCUUCUACUACUACUACUACUACUACUACUUCUGAUAAUCGUAACAUUAAUAACGAUGAUGAUCAUAACAGUUGCACCCUAGACAAGCUCUACGAAGAAUAUCGGCAGCUUCUGAAGACCGAAGAAUUUCAUGAACAACAUCACCAAGCUGAGCUAGACUCGUUUGCCGAGUCAUUAUUGUUGAUCUGAUGACGAUUACAAAAAUAAAUCAUAUAUUUGAAAAAAAAUAAAAAAUAAAAUAAAAACUCUUGCCGUGAUUUUCAUAAUGAUUA